AUGAACAUUCAGGAGUGGGAUUCUCUUUCGCUCUUUCAAUGGCAAGCAUGUCCAGGAUUAGUUUCACUUCAAGGCACAUUGAAAACCAGGAGUAGUUGCUCGUGCAAAGGAACAAAAAUAUCGUGCGUUGGGACAUUAGAUGGCCAUAUCCUUGUUUUCAACAAUAAGCUUGAAUUACUGGCUGAUUUUGUUGCUUGCGAAGGUGGUGUAACUCAGCAAUUGGAACUAACGAAUAAUCAAUCUGCUCUUUGUUGUGUUUGUCUCGACAGACAGAAUGCAAUUUUAAUACAAUUUUGGUCUAUCAGAAAUAUCCACAAGCGGACAUCUAAGGAUAUUACUUGUUUGUACGAACGUCGAUUGUAUGGUAUCCCGAAUCCUUUAAUUCCUGCAACUAGUAUUGCAAUUUCAGCCGACGUUUCAUCCGUGUUUUGCGGGUUUGCGAAUGGAAUACUAAUUCAAUUACAAGGAGAUUUUCUUCGCGAUUUGGGAUCAAAGCAGGACGUGGUUUUUCGUGAAAGAGACUCUAUAACCGACCUUGCUAUUCUGUCCCCAAGAAAGCUGUCUGUUUCUACUACCACACAAACAUUUGUGUACAAUAUAAUUACCAAGUCAGUUAACAUUUUAGAAAACAAUGGUUUAGCCAUCGGAUGUUCUGAAGUGUAUAUGCAAAGGUCCCUCUUAUGUGCUAAUUUAUCGUUCAUCUCAGUUUACGAACUGAAAACAUUGAGCUUACUAAAAACUUUUCAUGUGGAGGGAACAAUACGAAGAAUUUUCACAUGUUUUGGCCAUGUUUGCCUGCUGGUUUCUACGACUCCAACGCUUUCUUCUCGAGAUCACAGCGAAAUAAUAUCUGAGGACACUUCACUUUGGUUCUUCAUUUUGGAUUUGGAAAGUCAAUUGAUCCUUUUUCAAUUUGAAAUUGAAGAAAAAAGUAUCUCCAAUAUUCUUUACACAUCUGAUGAUUGCUUUUUCUUUUAUGACAAUUGUCCUCCUCAACAAUUAAUUCGUCUUCCACAAGACUUCCUUCUUUAUAAAUGCUACGAAAAAGAAGAGUUUGAAAAGUCCUAUUUACUUGCAAACUAUUUAAAAUGCACCGAAGAUAUCGUCCGAGAUUGCGCUCUUCGUACAGGACUCCUGUAUUUCAAAGGUGGUAAUUUUGAGAAGGCCAUCGACUAUUUCAUUUAUGCUAUACCUUUUUCCGAUUCAGCACUAAUCAUUAAAACUUAUUUAGAGCAUCGGCUAUUAAGAUGCUUGCUUCGUUAUUUGGAAGCGUUGGCAGCUGAAGGGCACGCCUACUCGUUCGAGCAAUCUACAUUGAUCUUUCUUUAUAUAAAGUUUCGAAAAUUUGAUUCUUUGAUGACAUAUGCGAAAAGUGGUAGUUGCUCUACAGAGCUUUUACUUCCCAUCUUACGAAAAUAUAAAUGCUUUGACCAAAUGGAGGCUUUGGGUAAGAUUUGGAACAUGCCCCUGGUUUGUCUUGAGGUUUACCAAGCGAAGGAACUAAAAGAGAAGGCAUUCCAACUUCUCGAAAAUUGCCAUGAUUACAUAGAUGUAAUCGAAAUCUCAAAUCAUUAUGGCACAUGGUUUAUAAAUUCGGAUCCUUCAAAAUUUACAGAAAAAAUGGUAAAAGUAUCACUCAGUUUGCUAAAUUUAAGAAAAGAAAAGAACUUAAUAAUGUUUUUAAAAUCGGUUUACCUCUCUACAUACGUCCAACAUCCGGAUUUACAGAUGAGAUUAUGGGAUGCUAUAAAGUUGCAAACUAUAGAACCCAUGGUUUUAAAAUUUGUGAAUACAAGAAAGCUUCAUUCUCUUAUACAAAGAGAAAUGGAUGACGUGAGUUCGAAGAAUGAGACAGAAGCUAUCCUUUUAAUCAAAGACUGCAACAGUUUAUUGGAUUAUGAAUCGUCUAUACUGUCUUUGCAGUCAGUUCGAUGGAGUAAUGCGCUAGAUCUCCUGUACUCCCAAAAGUCUCUAAUUUCUGGCUCUAAUGAUACAAUAAUUCAGAAACUUUUAAAAGACCCGAAUACAGCAGACCAUCUAAUUGAUAGGUAUGACGAUGAAGCUAUACUUCAGCUAUUGAGAUUUUUAGUACGAGAACGGUCAGUCGCAAAUUUGCGUGAAGAUUUGUUUUUCAAGGUCCUAGAAAGCAGUUUCAUACAGUUUGAAAUUCCGAUCCAACAUCUGCUAGAUAUACUGAUGAAAGAUCAGGCUUUGACCUUGGGGACUGUUAAAAGAAUUCUUUUGAAAUGGGAGACUCACUGUUCUUCUCGAAUCAAAGAAAAUGAUAGACAGUAUACGCAUCUUCAGAAAGAAUUAGCUAGUAAUCAAAGCCAGUUGAACUUUAUUCCAAUAGAGGACCAACUAUGUGACAAUUGCGAGGGAGUUUUAAAGAUACCCUUCAAUACCUAUAGUUGUCUUCAUAUUGUUCACAGGGAUUGUGCUUCAGAAUCGAUUUGUGCCAAAUGCAAAUCUGGAGUGUUGGAAACUCCGCCCACAAAUUAUGAAAAGCACACGUCUUCUUUUCAUGAACUUUUUAGUCAACUUUCCUUAUUAGAAUCUUUUAUGCUAUAA